UCCCCCACCGUCAACGCAGCCAGCGCCGGAGCCCGGAGCUUUCGCUGCCGUCGCCAGGCCUUGGACACCCGAACGAGGACAGCGGCUGCCCGCGGCGCAGGUGUCCUGAAAAAAUGGCUGAUGAUAUUGAUAUAGAAGCAAUGCUUGAAGCUCCUUACAAGAAGGAUGAGAACAAAUUGAGCAGUGCCAACGGCCACGAGGAGCGCAGCAAGAAGAGAAAAAAGAGCAAGAGCCGAAGUCGAAGCCAUGACAGAAAGAGGAGCAGAAGCAAGGAGCGCAAACGGAGCCGGGACCGGGAAAGAAAAAAGAGCAGGAGCCGGGAAAGGAAGCGGAGCCGAAGCAAGGAGCGCAGGCGCAGCCGUUCCAGGAGCAGGGAUCGCAGAUUCAGAGGCCGCUACAGGAGUCCCUAUUCUGGUCCCAAAUUCAACAGUGCCAUCAGAGGGAAGAUUGGUCUGCCUCACAGCAUCAAAUUAAGCAGACGGCGUUCCAGAAGCAAAAGUCCCUUCAGAAAAGACAAGAGCCCUGUUAGAGAACCUAUUGAUAAUCUUACCCCUGAAGAGAGGGAUGCUCGAACAGUAUUCUGCAUGCAGCUAGCUGCAAGAAUUCGACCAAGAGACCUGGAAGAAUUUUUCUCUACAGUAGGGAAGGUGCGUGAUGUGCGGAUGAUUUCUGAUAGGAAUUCCAGGCGUUCAAAGGGAAUUGCUUAUGUGGAAUUCGUUGAUGUUAGUUCAGUGCCUCUGGCAAUAGGACUCACUGGACAGAGAGUCCUGGGUGUACCAAUCAUAGUGCAGGCAUCACAGGCAGAGAAAAACAGAGCAGCAGCAAUGGCAAACAACCUGCAGAAGGGCAGCGCCGGCCCCAUGAGGCUCUACGUAGGGUCGUUGCACUUCAACAUCACUGAAGAUAUGCUUCGAGGGAUCUUCGAGCCCUUCGGCAGGAUUGAAAGUAUUCAGCUGAUGAUGGAUAGUGAAACUGGACGUUCCAAAGGAUACGGAUUUAUUACGUUCUCAGACUCAGAGUGUGCCAAAAAGGCUUUGGAGCAGCUCAAUGGAUUUGAGCUGGCUGGCAGGCCGAUGAAAGUUGGGCAUGUAACUGAGCGCACUGAUGCUUCCAGUGCUAGCUCGUUUUUGGACAGCGAUGAGUUGGAGCGAACUGGAAUUGACUUGGGAACAACUGGUCGCCUUCAGUUGAUGGCAAGACUUGCAGAGGGUACUGGGUUGCAGAUUCCCCCGGCUGCACAGCAGGCUCUGCAGAUGAGUGGGUCGUUGGCAUUCGGGGCUGUGGCAGAUCUGCAAACAAGACUCUCUCAGCAGAAUGAAGUUUUGGCUGCAGCUGCUUCUGUACAACCACUUGCAACACAGUGCUUCCAGCUUUCCAACAUGUUUAAUCCUCAAACUGAAGAAGAAGCUGGCUGGGAUACAGAAAUUAAAGAUGACGUGAUUGAGGAAUGUAACAAACAUGGAGGAGUUAUCCACAUUUAUGUAGACAAAAACUCAGCUCAGGGCAACGUGUAUGUGAAAUGUCCUUCCAUUGCUGCUGCCACCGCAGCUGUGAGCGCGUUGCACGGGAGAUGGUUUGCAGGUAAAAUGAUCACAGCAGCCUACGUACCUCUCCCGACGUACCACAGCCUGUUCCCAGACUCCAUGACUGCAACCCAGCUACUGGUUCCCGUUCGACGAUGAAGAUGGAUUUAGUCAGUUUUGUACAUAGUUAUUUUUUGGAGGAAGAUUGAGUUAUCUUUUAUUUAGAUAAAACUAAAGGAAAGGAUUUAAUGUCAUUUUGUGUACACUUCCUGCUACCUUUAAAAUAAAAUGAAGUAAGCAGAAAUGCAGUGUGUUCAUUCUCCCUAACUAGCAUUUCCACUGUAUACAAAGCUGUUGACUUCUUGUUCUGCCUUGUAAUUCUUGUACAUUUACUAAGGUGAUCUGUAGGAACUGAGAAGUAGCUCAUAGAAAAUAAAUUCUCUGUAAAAGGCAGAUGGGACAUAAUUCAAUUUUUAAGUGUUUCACGAGCCUUUCUUUUAAUGCAGCAAUUACAAUUGACAUUUCACUAAAUGUAGGUGAUCUGCUCGAGGUUAAUAUCAGAGGUAGAGACUGUGAAGGGACAUAUUUAGUGUUGUGUAUAAAGGGGAACUGGAAAGGCUGCUGGAAGCUGACCUGGCCCGGCGCUCAGUGCGCUGUGCUGAACGAGGGUAAGAAUGGAAGGACUGGAGGGUUUUAUUUCUCGAUGGUAACUUUUGAUUAAUGUUAUCUGUAAAAGUUUCUUUGUAAAUACUGUGUGAGGUGUGUCUACGUUUCCAAACAAAACCAUCUCUGCAUUUCCGGACAGGUUUCUGUGCGUGCAGUAGCUGAAGGAUUUCAGCAGAGUCUGAAGGUGGGCAGGAAAUACAGAAACAUGUUUUGUUCUGGUUGCAUAUAAUCUUUGCUCUUUUUAAGCUCUGUGAGCUCUGAAAUAUAUUUUUGGGUUACUUCAGUGUGUUUGACAAGACAGCUUGAUAUUUCUAUCAAACAAAGACUUUCAUAUUGCAACAAUCUUUGUAAGAACCACUCAAAUAAAAUUCUCUUAAAAAGGC